AUGGAGGACCAUGACAAGCCUGCAGCAAAAAAAGGAAGAAGAAAGUGGAAAAUCUGCCCUUCAUGGUGCUGCUGCUGCUGCUGCUGCAUCACAGACGAUGAGCUGGAGGAAAGUGAAACUACAACCAAGUCUCGCUUGUUGAAUGAAGCUGGUGAAGCUCAGCACCUGGAGCUGAAAAUCAGAAGCACAGGAACUGAGUCUGAAAACACAUCUGUACCACCUUCCACCAAUGAGAGAGCAGAAGAAAAAGUAGAGCGCACCUGUGAGGUCAAAGUUAAGAGUGAAGCAGGGAAUGAACAGCAUGAGGAGUCAGAGAAAAGAGAAGAAGCCAAAACAGGAGGAGGAGCGUCUGAAACUCCAUCACCACCUUUAACCAGUGAGAGGGGCAGCAAGUCAGAGACGAGUGCAGCUGAGGCAGAGAGCUGUCCAGUGAAUGAAGACAUUACUGAAGAUGACAGCACAGCACCAGCAGAAAAAUCAAAAAUCGAAGAGUUACCCAAAGCCGUUCAGAAGGGAACCUCGGAUGAUGACAUGAGUGAAAACAAGGAGGAGAAGAAGCCAUGUCAUCGACAUACUGAGGCACUGCUUGGCAGACUUCAUCUUCAAGAGAAAGUUCAACGAAAGUUUUCAUCGGUAGAAUUCUUUAAGAUAGGCCCAUCUAUGAAACAGCACCACAUCACAUCUGCGAAAGAUCUACCUCACAGUUUUCUCCACAGACUGAUGAUGUUAGACUACAGGGCCAGAUAUAUUCCUGUAAGACCAGACAGUCCUGAGAUAGCCUAUUUAAAGCCCACAGUGUUUGCCAUCACUGAGACAGAUGGCAGUGAUUUUGAGGCUUUCUUGAGAGCUGCUGUAGACAAACCUGAGAAUGAAGAGACUCCUGUGCAUCCAAUGGAUGUUCAGAUGGCAGUAUUUCACUGCUCAGACAGCUUCCUUCAACAGAUGAUGAUUACAAAGCUCUCUCAGUGUCAGUAUGCCUUACCUUUGCUUAUUCCUGACCAAGUCACAAAGGAGAUUGUGUGUCCCUUGUGGACAUUCAGACAAAUAACAAAAACCUGGAAGGUAGCUCAAACUGGAGGUGGCUCACAAAGCGUCACCAUGAAGAAUAUUCCAAUCUACAAAGCUGAGACACCCUUGGUGUCAUUUUUCCGCCUGGGUUCUCUGUCAGUGUCUAAAUCUCAGCUGAUGAACACUUUGAUCAACGACCGUCACAACACCUUCUUCCACAGAAACUGCCUAGGAAGCACCAAGUCUCGCCAUCUGAUGGAGGGUGUGGCAGAGAUUGCAUGGUAUUGUCCUGCUGGAAAACCCAACGAUGCCUUCAAUGACUGCAUUGCCUUUUGUAAUCUUCAUGGUGAUGCUCUGUCAAUUAAAGAACAGCGUGAAAUAUUGAUGGAAAAAUCCUCCAUCAACAUUUUUCUUGUUGCAUCUCUGCAGAAAAAUGAAGAAAGUAGGUCUUUUAUAUCAACUCUUUUGAAGUUUAAGAAGCCUCUGAUUUAUCUCACUAAUGAGAACAGCUGUGAUGCUGUUAAGACAAAAAAUGGAAAAUACAUCAUCGGGCUCAAAGACAGAAACCUAGCAGAUGUAUCUGAACAACUCAAGAAGAUCAUUGGAGAAGUUUUAUCUUAUCCAGAUGAUCCCAGUUUGAAGCCAUCUUUCCAGCUUGAAACCAUGGGAGAGCUCUCUGGAAUCAGAGUGGAUGAAAGUGACCCAGCCUGUCAAAAAGGUAAAUCUGCUGCUUUGGAAAUAAUGGAUCUGCUCAUGAAGGAUAACAUGGAUGUCUCAAAGAUCAAAGAUAAAUUCCUCCCUGUUCAAGGGCAGCUCUGGUAUGAUUGGUGCAAAGUACACAAAGAGCUGUUUCAUCUCAAAGGAGACGUUGAAAAAGAGAAAAGUAAAAAGCAACAGGAACUGAGGAACAUACGUCAGAAACAAUGUGAUGCUUCCUGCAGUAAACUGAUGGAGUUGUUCACUGGAAGUCUCUCAUCAUUGCCACCAAUAGACAGAGAGUAUUUUCUGAAAUGGACUCAGAUCUUAAUAGACGCGCUCUCCACAGAUGAUCUUUCUUUGACUCUCAGAGACUAUGAUACAACAUGGUCUGAGGUCUUGGUUUUGAAAAACAAACACGACAAAUCAGAUCUGUUAUUGAGAAAGCAAUCUGAGCUUGAAGACAUCUCCAAGAAAUUGCAGACUGCAUCUUUUGGCUUGGAGCACAUCUUCAGGGAAAUGGGACAGAUCUAUGAAUCCCAUAGAACAGUUCAUGGAAAGACAGAAGACACUGACUGGUCUAAAUACCCUGAGCUGGCUGCGCAGCUGAUGAUAUCAGGACACCCAAUAGAGCUGAUGGAUGGUGAUGCAGGCCAUGUGCCUUUAACAUGGAUCUCCAGUCUUAUAGAGGAAGUCAUCAAGACACUGGGGGACCAGAGAGUUUUUGUGUUGUCAGUUUUGGGCUUACAAAGCAGUGGAAAAUCAACGAUGCUGAACACCAUGUUUGGAUUGCAGUUUGCAGUGAGUGCUGGCAGAUGCACCAAAGGUGCUUUCAUGCAACUACUCAAAGUAUCAGAGGAGAUCAAGAAAGACUUUAAUUUUGACUAUGUUCUAGUGGUGGACACGGAAGGGCUGCGUGCUCUUGAGUUGGAAGGUAGAGCCACUCCUCACCACGACAAUGAACUGGCAACCUUUGUUGUUGGUCUGGGAAACUUGACAUUGAUCAACAUCUUUGGAGAGAAUCCGUCCGAGAUGCAGGACAUUCUACAGAUUGUUGUUCAGGCUUUCAUGAGGAUGAAGAAAGUUCAACUUUCUCCCAGUUGUGUGUUUGUUCACCAGAAUGUGACAGACGUUGCAGCAGCAGAAAAGAACAUGGAUGGAAAGAGACGCCUGCAGGAAAAACUGGACCAGAUGACCAAACUAGCAGCUGAAGAGGAGGUUUGCAAUGCAGAGUGCUUCAGUGAUGUCAUUGCAUUUGAUGUGCAAAAAGAUGUGAAAUACUGUGCCCAGCUAUGGGAGGGCAGUCCACCCAUGGCUCCUCCAAAUCCUGGUUACAGCGAGAGCAUCCAAGAACUAAAGAACGUCAUCCUCACUAAAGCUUCAAAGUCUCGUGGGAUCUCGCUCUCUCAGUUCAAAGCCAAAGUUCAGGACCUGUGGAAUGCCCUUCUUAAUGAAAAUUUUGUUUUCAGUUUUAAAAACACACUUGAAAUUGCAGUGUAUAGAAAACUUGAGGUCCAGUAUGGGAACUGGACCUGGGCUCUCAGGAGCAAGAUACUGACCAUUGAAAACCAGCUUCAUAACAGAAUUGAAAAUGGAACUCUUGACAAGGUUGAGAGGACUUUUCUUUUGAAAGAAACAAGCCAAACAUUUGAAGAAAUUAGAGAAGUAGUGAAAACUUACUUUGAGGAUGACAAAGAGAAAGAAUUGUUGGCUCAGUGGAGAAGCCGAUUUGAAAUCAAAAUCAGGGAGUUUCAUGAUGAGCAGGUGAGCACAGUGAAAAGAAAACUGGAUGGAAUCAUCCAGCAGAAGAAAGCAUGUAAAAAACUAGAUGAUGAUAAGAGAGACUUUGAGAACAAGCUGCUACAGAAGAGCAAAGAGCUCGCUCAGCAGCUGAAGGAUAAAGUCAAAGAUGACGAGGAGCUUAAUAAACAGUUCAGAUCUGUUUGGAGUGGCUGGAUUACUGAAUUAACAGCAGAUACUAAACCAGUUGCAGACAUCAACUUGGAAGAAGAUUAUUGGAUUAUUCUUCAAGAACUCGGUUUCGAAUUGGCUCUUAUAGAUGAAUCCAAAAGAUGUGGCAGAUACCAGAACUUAUCAGAGGUUGGUGAUUAUUCAGAUUAUGUAAAGACAAGUGGAACAACAAUUCCGGGGUCUGUGGCAGAUCUUUGCAAAAGAUUCGCAUCCAGAAGUACUUUCUCGUAUACAGAACAACAACAGAUCAGAUUGCUCAUUGAAAGAGCUGAAAACGAGUCACUUGAUGCAGUAAAAAACAAACCUGUAGCUGCAAAGGGCUACACACCAACGUACUUGCAUGAAGUGGCCAAACAGGUGAAAGAAGAAGUGGAGAAAUUCCUGUCAGAGAGGAAAUUAGCUUUGAAGAAGGAUUUUACAGUCGAUCUCUUACUGGACGUGUUCUACAGAGCAGAGAGUUGGCUUCUAGAGUCCCAUAAAAAGUUCAAAAUGAAGAAUGAUCCACUGACAUAUUUAAAAAGCAAGGAAACACAAUAUUCCACAGUUUUUAGAAGCUUUUGCAAAGGAAACUCAUCUGCUCUUGUGCUUGGAGAACUCAUCUGUGAAAAGCUGAAAGUUUCCACUGUUGAGGCUCUCUACAACAGGACUGCCAUUGGUCUGGCUCAUCAGAUGAAGUGUAAUUACCCAGCAUUCAAUGGGAACACUCUGGACUUGGAGAAACAUAUCUUGAAGUCACUCGCUGAGAAAGAAAACUUUGAUGAUUUCAUCACCUACAUCAAAAAUCCAAGGAGACAAACUGAAGCUUUUAUCAGAGCAGAAGUAAAGAAAUACAUCUUCACAGAUCACAAAGCUGAAGCUGUGAUUAUACUCAACAAAAAUGUUCAUGACAUCAACACAGUUGUUAGUCAAGCUUUAUUUACUGCCACACAGAAAGUCCAAACUCAGGGCAGAGAUACGGACACGUGGCUGAAAGAGUUUUCCAGUGCACUAAAUGAUAACCUAACUCUGGAUCCCAUUUGUUCUCAAAACUUCAGUGAUAUAAACGAUUUUGACUUUCUGAGGAGAGAGACUGAGAAAGGAUUUGCGUCGAUCAUUGAGCAGAUGAGGAGCAUCUCAUUGGAUAAGAUGCAGGAAUCCAGGCUGAAGCCGGAUGAAAUCCUCGUUGAUCAGCUGUGUAAGCAUUGCUGGGUAAAGUGUCCGUUCUGUUCAGCUAUUUGUACCAACACUAUUGAAGAUCACAAGGACGAUGACCACAGUGUCCCUUUCCAUCGACCUAAUGGGAUCCAAGGAUGGCACUACAAAGGCACAGUGGAGUUGUGCAUCACUUUCUGCACAACAAAUGUUUCAAGUGAUCUCAAGUUUUACCCUUAUCAUAAUUCAGAGAAGAGCAUUCCUUAUAAAGAGUACAGAAAUGGUGGUCCAGAGUAUAAGACAUGGAGAAUCACCCCUGAUGGGUCUAAACUAUCAUACUGGAAAUGGUUUGUGUGUCGAUUUCAAAACAAACUGGAAAAGCACUAUAACCGGAAAUUCCAGGGCAGAGGAGAGAUUCCUGAUGACUGGAAAACAAUCUCUAAAGAGGAAGCCAUUCAAAGUCUUGAUGAAAUGGGCUUUAGUGAUGUGUAG